AAAAUUCAGGUAAACACAAAAGAGUCAAGACACAAGCUUAUAAGCUGAAACCUUAUAUAUACAUAUGUGAAGCAACACCAACCAAAGUGUAUAAUAUUCUUCAACUUAUAACUUCAAAACCUUUCUUUCAAAGUUCUAAAUUUGAUAAUACAAAAACUAUCUUCAUUCUUUAAUUAUGACAUCCAUGAAAAGAAGCAGAGAAGAUGAUAUGCAAAUUGAAGCAGAGGCCUUGGCUAAUUGCGCCUUGAUGCUUUUGUCUCGUUUCAACAAGAACAAUACUUAUACAUCAACAGAUCAUCAUCAUAUUAAUGAUUUUGAAUGUAAAACUUGUAAUAAACACUUUCCAUCUUUUCAAGCACUAGGCGGACAUUGUGCAAGUCAUAAGAAACAACCAAGAUUACUCGGAGAGUUUGUUGUUCAAACCAACAAAAAGAAUAAGAUGCAUAAAUGCUCUAUUUGUGAUAUGGAAUUUUCUUUGGGUCAAGCAUUAGGCGGACAUAUGAGGCGUCAUCGCGAUGAAAUUAAUAAAAAGUCGACGAUGAUAUCAGUAUUGAAGAAGUCAAAUAGCAAAAAGAGGAUUUUUUGUUCGGACUUAAACUUAACCCCUCGUGAACAUGAUAAUGUUGAUGAUUUCAAGUUAUGGUCAACAACACCAAUUGCAUCUCCUGUUUUGAGAAUUUUUAUUUAAUUAGGUCAUUUCAGAUAUUUUGCAUUUAUUUUUGUUGUAUAUAAUCCUUAAUUAGUUUGUUGAUUUUUUUACUUCAUAAGCUAUAUACUUUUUUCCUCGUUUUAA